AUGUCUAAGUGGGAAGAGAUAGAGCCAACUCUUUAUAGAGAUUGCCACAACUCACUUUUGAAGGUUAGACUUCCGGCAUUGACUAACGUCUUACAAUGGCUGAAACUGGAAGAUUCGAAGACCAAUGAAGCAGCAUUAGGUCAAAUUUUUGAAUGUGUGUUAGGAACAUAUGAUUUUUACCAAGACAAAGAGUCGAAGAACGCUGCUAUAUCAAUUUUGGUUCAACUAUUUGAGAUAGAUGACAGCUUUUUAAAGAAGAUUACAGACUUUGUGAUCGUGACAGGAUCGUCACACAGCGGCGGGUCAAAAGCGAUUAUGGAUUAUUUGAAUUUGAUGGAGUGGAUUCUUGUGUUUAUGGAUUUGGUGUUCAAGAAGCACGAUGCGUCGUUUGAAGCCCACUGGACGGACAUCAUUCAAGCCUAUAUUGCAUUAGUAGGUGCUAUAGAGACUAUGUUGGAUACCCAUGAGACUGUCAAACAUGACGAAAACAAGCAAAACCAACAUCGUAAGAGAUUAAGACUGUGUGUUUUCCAGCAGUCCACUAAGAGCUUUGCUCGUUGCUUGACUUUGGAACGUGAUUCGAAUUCCAAUAUUGUUGAGGAUAUUAUACCUUUUGUUUUAGACAACUAUGUUAAGCUAAAGCUUUCAAACACAGGUAUCAUUGUGCUUUUGGGAUCAUUGGUACAUUCUGUGCUUCAAUGCCAGUCAAAGAAACCUAUUCCAUACAACUCUUUGGAAGAGCUGACAGAGAAACUAGUUGAAUACAUUGGCAAAGAAGUCAUUCUUGCAAAACAACCACCUUCUGCAUUUUGUUUGAGUGUCUUCUUGAGUGAAUUCUUGCAUACCUUUGUCACGGAGGAACAAGUCUCGAAGAUUUUAAUUCCCAGCUUUGAAAAAGCUAAUUUACGAGCCCCAGAAACUUCGUUCGCUGCAUCUUCGGAAUUCUACUCUGCCUUUAAUUCAAGCAAAAUUAACUUUUUGGGAUUAUUCGUGUCUUCGAAAUGUAUAACGCAAACUAUUUCAUCUUUAAAGAGUUCCAAGGAAAUUGUCCGUGAAAGUUCGUUAAAAUCGUUAAUUGCCCUACUGAGGUCCUUGAAAACCGACUCAUACGAUGAAAAGGCCUUAGAAAAGUUAAUGGAUGAACUUUUCAAAAGCUUGAAGUCAAAUAUGAAUACCGACUAUAAGAUUACCAUUUCUAGCAUUUUGGUCAAUACCCCAACUUACUCUCCUCAAGUUUCGAAUAUUAUAUUGAAUGGCCUCAAAAACUAUAUCUCCAAAGAAUCAAACGAGGUUGCCUUGGAAAAAAUGCUCUCUGCCUUCUUCACUCACUUCUUUUCCUCCGAAUCUGCAGACCCAGCUACUAUCUCUACUAUUAAGGCUGGUUUCAACGAAAAGAAAUUACCAUUGAAGAAGAUAUGGUUCAACUCUUUCUUGAUCCAUUCAAAUUCCAUUAAACUUGAUAUCGCUGACAGUUUUGAGGAGGAACUCAUCCAACAUUUGAAGGAUAUUGUAAGCAAUCCACUUAGAAAUGGUGAAGUAUCUACCUUAGGAUGCUUUGUCUACAUUCAACGUCUAUUUGAGCUAGAAGCUGAGAAGACAUUAUCUUCUAUUCAAUCAAUUAUUGAUGAAAAUUCUGAAUCAUAUGGUCUAAUGUGGGCUUAUACUCUUCUUUCCAAUGGUGUAUCUUUUGAACAGAGGCAAAUAGCUUUUGAACUUUUCGAUAAAUCUUUCAAAAGACAACCUUCAUUCGUAGGAGAAGUUGUCUUAACAGCACUUGAGUCUGCUGUAAGAAAUUCUUCCGAGCUACUUUCUCGUAUUUCAUUCCGUCGUUCGGCCCCAUUAUUUACCGUCCUUUCCCAACCUCUUUCAGAUAAAGAAGUAUCUGCCGAUAUUCUGAAAAAAAUGCUAGUACUAUCACAAUUAAGUACCGUGAAUCUAAAGAAUGGCUGGGCUGGUCUUGUUCUUAAUUCAAGACUAGACCCUGCUGAGGUAGUCAGAUCAUCGGGUGAAAAAAUGUUAAAAGACAUGCUUGCUGACCUAUCGGAUUCCAAGGUUGUUAAAUCAGAGCUCAGAGAUGCUGUUGUGAAGGCUAUUGCUCAUAUAUCAUUUAUUAAUCCUGAAGUGAUAUCGCCUCUCCUUGCAGUUGCUAUUAAAACUAACUUGAAUACUUCAAAGUUGUCCGCUUUCGCAACGGAGGAUAUUCAAAUUUGGAAAGGUGAAGAAGGAGAACUAGUCAUUGAUGUCUUAUCUGCCAAGUCUUCUGCGGCACUGACUGACAAAAAUUCGAAAGACUACGAAAUUUUAAAGUGGCAAGAAAGUAUAAAGAAGGACCAAGCCAAGAAGGGUAUCAAGAAACUAACCAAGGAAGAACAAAAGCUUGUUUCUGAUCAAUUGAAGAAAGAAUCCGAAAUAAGAGCAAGAGUCGAUAACUUCGUAGUAAUGAUUAAAUCUACGAUUGCUAUCAUCUCUCAACUAACCAAAGAUGCUACCUUACUAGAUAAUGGUUUGGCAAAUUGGUUCCCAGCUUCUGUUAAUGCUCUACUAAGCAUCUUACAACAAGACAAUUUCUAUUCACUAUUUGAAAAUAUUGGAUUCGACUUAUUCUUACAAUUAUCCUUCUUGUUGGAAGACAGAUUAGGCAUGUUCUCAAAAACUGUUGGAUAUGCUACUCUUCUAGUGUACAAAGUCCCACAUUUAUUAUCUGAACUAACUGCCGAUGCCAAAUUGCAAUUAAUUUCUACUGCAUUAUUCAAAAUUAAACAUGGUUGUAGGCAAGUUCCUUUCCAAUCAAUGGCAUUAACAUAUAUCCUUCCUUUACUUGUUAAAGUGAUGGAGAUCGGUAAGAAGGUUGCCAUCAAAAAUGCCAAUAAGCCCGCUAAUCGUAGUGAGUUUGUGGAAGAAGAACCCGAAGAAGAACAACUAUUAUUGGCAUUAGAUAUUAUUUCUAGUCAUGGAGAAGCCUUCCAAGAUACCUCAAUUCCUCGUUCUAGUAUAAUAUCGGUGUUACUCUCUCUUUUGGCUCUUCCAUCUAAGGCUAAGCUAGCCAAGGAGUAUUUCAUGACACUAUGUCAGAAUAUCUCAAUGACUCCAACGGAGGAAGACCUAAAUUUAUUAUUAAGCAGCUUACUGACCCCAAAUCAAUUCGUUCAAGCUACUAUUUUGGAAGCUCUUGAUGAUGAAUAUGAUCUACAACCUUAUAUGAGCUACUCCCCUGAAAUCUACAUUACUUGUUUCAGUGAAGAUGUUAAUAAUAGGGAUGUUGCAAACUUUAUCUGGGAUUCGAAUCAGUUCAAGGUAACGGAUGAAUUAGCCCAAUCAUUGCUUAAGUUCUUCGAACAAACCGAUAGCGGAUUGAGAUUAUUCACAGCUAAAGCAUACGCAUCCGCUGUUGCACAAUUAGAGAAGGAAAACCCUGGCUCUUUUACUCGUUACUUCCACACUCUUCUCGACUUCUAUGUGCAAAAAGCUGAGCCUCCAAAAGAUAUUCUUGAUGAAUAUGGUUUGGUCAAGGUUUCUGCAAUGGAUCAAAAAGACCCAUGGGAAGCUAGAAGUACCACUGCCAUUGCAUUAAAAGAACUAUGUAGCAGUUUCGAAGCUUAUGAUGGUUCUGUUGUUGAGUUUAUUCAUUUCCUAAUUGACUCUGGUGCCUUGGGCGAUAAAGAGGAGUUAGUCCGUCAAGAGAUGAAGGAAGCUGGUAUAGAAGUUGUGGAUUAUUACGGAAGUAAAUAUUUGAAGGAACUAAUGCCAAUAUUUGAAUCAUUCCUAUCUACUUCUAACGAUGUCGUUAUGAAGGAAAAUGUUGUUAUUCUUUAUGGUUCUUUGGCAAGACAUUUAGAACCUAACGAUCCAAGAAUCAGAACUAUCGCAGAGAGGUUGUUAACAUCUCUUCAAACACCAUCAGAAGAUUUGCAAAAAUCUAUUUCCAAAUGUCUUGCAGCUUUGGUACCUUUAUUCAAAGAUUCUAUCCAAGAGUACAUCGAUUCUUCAUUCCAAGUUCUAUACGACUCCAAGGCACCUGUACAAAUCAGAAGAGGUGCUGCUUGGGGUAUUGCAGGUCUUGUUAAAGGUUAUGGUAUCGCAGCCCUUUCGGAAUUUGAUGUCAUUCGUUAUCUAAUAGAGGGAUCUGAAGAUAAGAAGGAUCCUCGUCGUAGAGAAUCAGUGGCAUAUGGGUUUGAAUGCUUAUCUAUUAGCUUGGGUAAAUUCUUUGAACCCUACGUUAUCGAAGUAUUGCCAAAUAUCUUGAAAAACUUAGGUGACUCUGUUCCCGAAGUCCGUGAGGCCACUGCUCAAGCUGCCAAGGCUAUCAUGUCUUCUACCACCAGUUUCGGUGUUAAAAAGCUAAUUCCUGUGGCGGUAUCAAACCUUGAUGACAUUUCGUGGAGAACAAAGAGAGGCUCUGUUGAAUUAUUAGGUAAUAUGGCAUACUUAGAUCCAACUCAAUUAUCUGCCUCAUUAUCAACAAUUGUUCCGGAAAUUGUUGGUGUUUUGAAUGAUAGUCACAAAGAAGUUAGAAAGGCCGCAGACGAAUCCUUGAACAGAUUUGGUGAAGUUAUCAGAAACCCAGAAAUCCAGAAACUAGUACCAAUAUUGAUCAAUGCAAUUGGUGAUCCAACUAAACAUACCGAAGAAGCUUUGGACGCUUUGAUUCAAACACAAUUUGUUCAUUACAUCGAUGGUCCUUCAUUGGCAUUGAUUAUUCAUGUUAUUCACCGUGGUAUGAGAGAUAGAUCUGCAAACACUAAAAGAAAAGCCUGUAAAAUUGUUGGUAAUAUGGCAAUUCUUGUUGAUACCAAGGAUUUGGUUCCAUAUUUGCAACAAUUAAUUGAUGAGGUCGAAAUUGCUAUGGUGGAUCCUGUUCCAAAUACCAGAGCUACUGCUGCUCGUGCUCUUGGUGCAUUAGUUGAAAGAUUAGGUGAGGAACAAUUCCCAGAUUUGAUUCCACGUUUGUUAGCUACAUUAAGUGAUAACACUAAAUCAGGUGACCGUAUGGGUUCUGCACAAGCUUUGGCUGAAGUGAUAUCUGGGUUGGGUCUAUCUAAGCUUGAUGAAUUGCUUCCAACCAUCUUGUCAGGUGUUACCAAUUACCGUGCUUAUGUUCGUGAAGGUUUCAUGCCACUAAUGCUUUUCUUGCCGGUUUGUUUCGGUCAACAGUUUGCUCCUUAUAUCAACCAAAUAAUUCAACCUAUUUUGUCUGGUCUAGCCGAUACUGAUGAGAACAUCCGUGACACUGCAUUGAAAGCAGGUAAACUUAUCGUUAAGAACUAUGCCAACAAGGCUAUUGAUCUAUUGUUACCUGAGCUUGAACAUGGUAUGUUCGAUGAAAAUGAAAGAAUCAGGUUGUCUUCUGUCCAAUUGGCAGGUGAACUAUUGUUCCAAGUUACAGGUAUAUCUUCCAAGAAUGAAUUUGAUGAAGAAGAUGGUGAUUUCAAUAGUGAAAUUGGUAAGCAAAUGGUUGAGGUGUUGGGUGAAGAACGUCGUGCAAGAAUUCUAUCUGCUCUAUUUGUUUGUCGUUCAGAUGUUUCUGGUAUUGUACGUGCUACAACGGUCGAUAUUUGGAAGGCUUUGGUUCCAAACACCCCACGUACUAUCAAGGAAAUUUUACCUGAACUAACUUCGACUAUUGUGGUACAUCUUGCAUCAUCUUCAAGAACUUUACGUCUAAUUGCUGCACAAACAUUGGGUGAUUUAGUUCGCCGUGUUGGUGGUAACGCAUUGUCUCAAUUAUUACCAACCUUAAAACACUCUUUAGAAACUUCCUCUGACCCUAACUCGAAACAAGGUGUCUGUAUUGCUCUACACGAGCUCAUCCAAUCUUCUAAUAGCGAUUCAUUGGACGAAUUCCAAGAUUUCAUUGUUAAUAUCAUCUGCUCUACUGUCAUCGAUGAGGAUGAAUCUGUCAGAGAAGCUGCUGCUUCUUGUUUCGAUGUUUACCAAGAAGUUGUUGGUAAGGUUGCAAUUGAUGAAAUCAUUCCAUUCUUAUUGAACAAAUUGAAGGAACCAGAGAGCUCAGAAUAUGCCCUUUCUGCAUUACAAGAAAUCAUGGCAACAAAAUCAGAGGUCAUCUUCCCAAUUUUGAUUCCAACGUUAUUGAAACCACCAAUCGAUUCCUUCAAGGCAAAUGCGUUAGGAUCACUAGCAGAAGUUGCUGGUCCAGCCUUGUACAAACGUAUCUCUACAAUCAUUAACUCUGUUGUCAACACUUUGAUUGAAACGGAUGACGAGGAUACUAAACACUCAUUAGAGGGAACUUUGGAUAAGAUUCUUUUGUCCGUUACUGACAAUGAAGGUUUACAUCCACUCUUACAGCAAAUCAUGGCAUUGCUAAAACACGAAGAUUCUUCUAAGAGAAUUGUUAUGCUAGAACGUCUUCCAAACUUCUUUGAUAACACUGUUUUAGAUUACAGCAUUUAUACCACAGAUAUUGUCACUAACGCAAUUUUGUCUUUGAAUGAAUCCGACUCGAGAAUUGUGGAGGCUAACUUCCACGCAUUAACCUCCUUGGUAAAGAACCAAGAUAAACCAAUGCUCGAGAAGUUGAUCAAGCCUGCUAAACAAGCGCUAUUGAUGACUGGUAAACAAGGAGAAGAUUUAGCUGCCUUCAAGUUAACAAAGGGUCCAAGCUGUGUUUUACCAAUUUUCUUGCAUGGUUUAAUGUAUGGUUCAGGAGACGAACGUGAAGCUUCCGCUUUAGCGAUUGCGGACAUUGUUUCAAAGACUCCAGCCGCUGGUCUAAAGUCCUACGUCACUGUGAUUACAGGUCCUUUGAUUCGUGUUGUUGGUGAAAGAUUCAACAGUGACAUCAAGGCAGCUAUUUUGUUCGCAUUGAACAUAUUGUUUGCUAAGAUUCCUCAAUUCUUGAGACCUUUCAUUCCUCAACUUCAAAGAACAUUCGUUAAAUCUCUAUCCGAUCCAACAAACGAGGUUCUCCGCUUACGUGCUGCGAAGGCUCUAGGUACUCUUAUUGAAUACCAGCCUAGAGUUGAUCCAUUGAUUGUUGAACUAGUAACUGGUGCUAAACAAAGUACUUCUGACGGUGUGAAGACAGCAAUGUUGAAGGCGCUACUAGAAACAGUUUCUAAGGCAGGGUCGAAAUUGAAUCAAUCUUCUAAAUCUAACAUAUUGAAUUUGAUCGAAGAAGAAAUGUUAUCUGCUAACGAUAAAUUAGCUGUUGCUUACGCAAAGCUAAUUGGAUCUUUGGCUAGUAUCUUAACCACGGAAGAAGCAGAGAAAAUUUUGAGAAGUAAGGUGUUGGAGAGUUCUUUGACAGAAGAUUCCGGUAAAUUUGGUAUUUUGACUUUGAACUCCUUCUUGAGAGAUGCACCAGAACACAUCUUCGGUACAGGUCUCAUUGACGAAUGUGUAGCUUACAUGAUCAAUGCCGCUGAAUCAACAAAUGCUCACUUCAGUGACAACGGCUUAAUCGCGAUCGGUAAAGCUUUGUUGCUUGAAGGAGAAACUAAGUCACCAUACUCUUCUGGAGACGUUAAAGAACCUUUCCAUCUUGGCGAAGAAAACAUACAGAAAAUGGUUUCUGAAUUGGCAAAAUCCAUGUUAAAACCAAACAGCAACUCUUUGGAUAGCAGAAGACUAGCUUUGGUUGUAGUUAGAACGUUAGCCAGAUUCAAGUUCGAAGAAGCUAUUCACUCCAACUAUGACAUUUUGGGCCCAUCCGUCUUCUCCUGCUUACGUGAUCCAAUCAUUCCAAUCAAAUUAGCUGCUGAAAAGGCCUAUCUAGCGAUGUUCCAUCUUGUUGAAGAAGAAGGUAUGGAAACAUUCAAUUCAUGGUUCUCUAAGUUGGAAGGUUCCACUGUUUCUAACAGUAUUGGCGAUACUCUACAAUUAAGAUCCAUCGGCGAUUACACUAAAAGAGUCGGAAAGAGAUUGGCUAGUGUUGAAAGAGAAAAGAUCAGUGCUGGUGGUGAUGCAGAAGCAAUGUUCUCUGAUAGAUUUGAGGAUGAAAACGAAAUCUGGGCUGUUGGUGGUAUUGAAUUAAAUCCUGACGCCUAA